AUGAUACAUUGUCCAUGUCCUUUGUGUGAGUUCCGGCUAUUCCAAACUAGAGAGGAUGCAUACGAUCACUUGCUGUUAAAACCAUUUCCUGCUAAGUAUACUUUUUGGUUACAUCAUGGGGAGAGACACGUAGGAGAGAGUGCUACUGAGACACAAGAAACUGACCCUGGUAGCGUCUACCGAGAUCCAAUGCGCGACAUGGUUCAUGAGGCAUUCAACUUUCCAGGUUCUGUUGUUGAUGAAGAUGACUCGAGCAACAAAGAUUUUGAGGGGGAUGCCGAAGAGUUUCCUUAUUUGUACAGCAAACCUAGUCAGGCGGCCUGUCAUUUUGAUGAGUUGCUUAAGGAUGGAGAGCAGGAAUUGUAUCCGGGUUGUGCGAAAUUCUCGAAGUUGGCUUUCUUGGUCAGGCUAUACCAUAUAAAGUGCAUGUGCAGCAUGAGCGACAAGGCAUUCGGAAUAAUACUAGAGUUACUGUGUGAGGGCUUUGAGCAUGCAAAGAUUCCGGUUUCACUGCACGAUGCCAAGAGGAUCAUACGAAAGCUUGGUAUUACGUACAAGAAGAUAGAUGCAUGUCCGAAUGACUGCAUGCUAUAUCAGGGCAGCGAUCAAGAACUGUCUAGGUGCAAGAUAUGUGGGACCUCGAGAUGGAAGCAAAAGACUAGGAGGAAUUCCAUUGUCCGGAUCAAUGUGGUUGUUAAGAAGAAUGGGAAGCCGCAGGCAACGAAGGUUCUUCGUUACUUUUCCCUUGUUCCACGACUGCAGCGGAUGUUCAUGUCCAGUAAGACAUCUGUUGACAUGUUGUGGCACAAGAAAGGUCCUAACUCGGAUGGUUUUUUGAGGCAUCCACGAGACGGAGAGGCAUGGAAGGCAUUUAAUAGAAGAUAUACUCACUUCAGUGGUGAUCUACGCAACGUUCGCUUAGCCUUAGCUAGCGAUGGCUUUAAUCCCUUCGGAAAUCUCAGCUGA